AUGGCUGUUAAUCAUCAGGAGCUUUUGCUGGGUUUAUGCCCUAUAUCCAACAUGUCACACUCAUAUGGCUUUGUGACACCUUAUGAUUUUCCACAAAUCAAAAAUGGAGGUCUAGUUAAUAAAGAGGUCAGAUCCUACUUCCCAGUACCUGUCGGAAAGCAGUUCAUUUAUCACUGCAACAGAGGAUUUGUGACUCCUUCAGGGACAAACUGGGACUACAUUUGCUGCACUAUACAAGGGUGGGAUCCUGCAGUUCCAUGCCGCAAGAUAUGUUCAAAGGCAGAUAUAGAGAUCGAAAAUGGGUUCCUUUCUGAAAUUCAUUAUAAAUAUUCAUUAAAUAAAACAACACAGUAUAGGUGUAAACCAGGAUAUGUAACAUCAAAUGGAGAAAUAUCAGGAUCAAUCACCUGCCUACAAAAUGGAUGGUCAGCUCAACCCUCAUGCAUUAAGUCUUGUGAUAGGCCUAUAUUUGAGAAUGCUGGAAUCGAAAAUAACAGCACAUUGUUUAAACUCAAUGAUAAAUUGGACUAUGAAUGCCAUGCUGGAUGUAAACAUAAACGUACCAAAGACUUCAUAAUAUGUAAUGAUGAUGGAUGGUCUGAUAUUCCUUCAUGUUAUGAUUCAACAAAGACAUGCGGGCCUCCUCCACCUAUUAACAAUGGGGACAUCACCUCCUUCCCCUUACCAGUAUAUGCACCAUUAUCAUCAGUUGAAUAUCAGUGCCAGUCCUUUUACCAACUUCAGGGCAACAAGAAAAUAACAUGUAGAGAUGGAGAGUGGUCAAAGAAGCCAAAAUGUUGCUAUAUCCAUGCAUAGUAUCAGAAGAAAUUAUGGAAAACCAUAACAUAAUUUUCCGAUGGAAAGAAAAACAAAAGCGGUAUUACAAAUCAGGGGAGAUGCAAGAAUUUAAGUGUAAAAAUGGAUAUCACCUGGCAACAUCUCAACUAUUCCAGACAUUCUGCAUCAACGUUCACAUCAAUUAUCCCACUUGCACAAAAUCACACUAAAAGCAUUAGUAGAAUUUAGUCACAUACCUUUGUCCAGUUAAGGUGUGUGCAUAUAAUCAAUAGUUUUAAUUUUACUUUUGAAGUAUUGGGUAACUAAAUUUCAUUUAUAAGCUUGUAUUGAUGCAUUGUGACUAAUCUGGCAGCAGAGCAUGCUGACACACAGGCACAAGCAGUUUAUUCAAAGUUCCCAGAACAUGAUGCGUCUUGGAAUAGACACAAUUGCUUUCCUAUCUUUCUCUAUCCACCACUUUCCCAAAGCUUCUUCUAUACUUUCUGAUAUACAGUUCUGAUUUGCAGUGAACAUGAGACAUAGUGUCUCAGUCCUCAAAAAUGUAACAUUUCAUAAAUCUGAAAGAACAAAAUGUCAUACUUUAUAUUACUAAUGAAUAUAAGUAAUUUGUGCAUUUUUGCUUUUGUUGCUAAUUAAU